GUAUAAUAACCUGUAUUGUCAUGUUAUCUGUGCUGACAGGAGUGUUUGCUGGGAGCAGAAAACUUGCUGUGCAGGAGCCUGUUAUUGUUUACUGUCACACUCAUGUAAAGUAGGUCAUGGAAAAAGGAAGUCCAGCCAUCCACCGACUCUGCUGUCGUUUAUUUACCAUCUAACAACACUGGGACUCAGUGAACAGCAUCUCCGAGGUGCUAUCAGUUUGUGUGACCGCUGAUUGUCAACUACAAACAGUGGCUGGACUGAUGCUGUUCUCCCAACAUCUGGAUUAAACCUGAACCGACUCUUACACUGGUCAGACUGUCUUGUUGCCAUGUCCAGGCGAAGCAGGAACAGUCGUGCGUGGCGAUACGGAUACGUGUGGGGGGGCAUACGGAGGGAUUCUGAUGCCCGGGCCCUUGUGUUGGCCUCUGAAAGUGAAGAAUGGGGCUAUGACCGCCUAGAGUACAGUGAUUCAGACUCUGAGGCGGACUUCUCAGCUGUGAUGGUCCCUCCAGUCCCCAGCGCCGUGCCUGUCACUGGAGAGUCCUACUGUGGCUGUGAUUCCCAGGCAGAGACCAGCUACAACCCUCGCCUACGAGGUUUUCACCAAGUUAAAGACUGCCACUGUGGAGAGGAUGACCAAGAAUUUGACUGGGUCUGGGAUACUAACAGCCGAUCAACCGCAACGUUACUGAGCUGCGACAAUCGCAAAGUAAACUUCCAUUCUGAGUAUAGCUGUGGCACAGCAGCCAUCCGUGGCUCCAAGGAGCUGGUUGAAGGUCAGCACUUCUGGGAAAUCAAGAUGACGUCCCCAGUGUAUGGAACAGACAUGAUGGUUGGUAUUGGUACGUCUGAUGUCAAUCUAGACAAAUACCGACAUACGUUCUGCAGCCUGUUGGGAAAAGAUGCAGACAGCUGGGGUCUUUCUUACACUGGAUUGUUGCAUCAUAAAGGUGACAAAAUGAACUUCUCCUCCCGUUUCGGUCAAGGAUCCAUCAUUGGAGUUCACCUGGACACGUGGCACGGCACACUUACAUUCUUCAAGAAUCGAAAGUGUAUAGGUGUUGCGGCCACAGAGCUACAAAACAAGAGAUUUUAUCCGAUGGCGUGCUCCACUGCAGCGAAGAGCAGCAUGAAGGUGAUCAGAUCCUGCUCUGCACCCACCUCCCUGCUCUACCUUUGCUGUGCUCGUCUUCGCCAGCUGCUGCCAGACUGUAUGGACACCCUGGAUGUGCUGCCACUUCCGCCAGGCCUUCGUCAGUUGCUCCACAACAAACUAGGCUGGGUGCUCAGGCUGAACAGUGGCACCACAGAAGAAACCCCAGACGGGUCGGAGGGGUCCUCACGUUUGCCCGUCCCUCCUUUGGCUGGACCUUCCUCCUCUGAGAGUGACUCGGAGGGUUGCACCUCUGACCCCGAAGCCUGUCAGAGGAAGAGAUGCCGCUGGACGUGACUGGACAGCUAAAAUCAAAUCUCCUGGUAAACACUGGCAGGCGUUCCUGUCUGAUGGCAUCUGAUCUAGUGUUACCUACCUGCCUCAAGCUUUCUUCAUCAUCAAUGUUAUCCAGAAGUGAAGAACAGAACCAGGACCGGUUGAGCAGAGGGAGCGGUGCUUCGGAGGAAAACUGUGACGGCGAUAAUUCUUCCUGCCUGCACAUUUUACUGUGAUUUUCUCUCAUGCCAUUCUGACGUCUUCAUGUUUAGCACAUGUUCAGUAUCCAAACCAGCUUCAGUAAUAAGUGAGAAUAUAUGAUGUAAUUUUGUUAGCUUGCAUUCCUUGUUACCAUUCAUGUAUGGGGAGCGCUGAGGUGCAGGAAUGGUCUGUACAGUGCAACACUGAAGGCAAAUAUGGCCAGAUUUUAGUGGUCGUUGUGGUAUAUUUGCAAAUUUGGGAGUUUAAAAAAUAGACUGUAUAAAUAUUUUCAGUGUUUUCAUCCUGUAUACAAAUAUUGUAUGUUGUACUGACCCUAAAUCCUACCAGUGCAUUAUCAAAGUACUUCAUUAUAUGUUUUAAUGGCAUCAGCAAGUUUCUGUUCGGUGCCAAAGAGAGAAUUGGUUGAUUCUCUGUUUCAUAACUACUGGUUACUGCUGAAAAUUGAACCGUUAAAAUCUUAAAUGUUACAAGGACGUCCUAACUCAGCAAUUUUAAGUCCUACAAAAGAAAAAAAAAUGUGUCUUUAUUUUUCACAAAACGGUCCCAGUUAAGAAACUGAUACCUCUGACUGCACAUCAGAAAAUUGUUAUUUCUUGACAAAUUUAUUUGUUACUUUCAUGGCAGCAUCCAUCUGUCACAAGUUUUUUAAAAAAUUGAAACCUUCUGCUAAAUAUGUAAGCAGUAUACAUUAUGUAGAGUAGCUCUUUUAGCUGUGAACAUGAGAUGUCACUCAUAAGAGACUGCCACACAUUUUAUGUCACUUUUCAUCGCUGUUACAACUUAUUGUUUUUUUAGAGGUUUUAAAAAUGAUUUUCUUUGACAGUAGUUUUAACUUUUUGUACUAAUCUGUUUAUGCAACUGUAUUUUUUUUCAUUUGUUCUCACAAAGCCUUGUUCCAUCAUUUCUUUUACAGAUUAUUCUCAAAUCUGAUUCGAUGAGCUGAAUCCUUUACAGUGCAGAUGUCUAUAGAAACCUUUGAAACCUCCUGCAGUCUUAUCCACUCUUCUGCUCACAUUGUUUGUUCUUUAUAUGUUUAUGAUUAUCAUUGUGUCAAAAUAUGACUUUAUAUGGCCAGAGAGUUCCGCAGUUGAGGUUAAAGCUAUGUAUCGAGCCAUAUUUUGACAUAACUGAUAUCUGUAUUGAACAUUUGAAAGAUGGAUUGCAGGAGUAGUUCAAUAAUAAUUUUCCUUGUCCCAGAAUAUAAACUUUUAAAAUCCUCUUUCCAGCCGAGCCUACAGAGGCUGAGCGAAAUUAAAAGCUGGAUUUAAGCAUUAAUUGAUUAUUAGUGGGAAGGGGAACACAACACCUGGGUCAGAUAUGUAAAUAUUUGUUAUUUUUAAGUUCUUUGUUGUACCAGACCAUAAUAAUGUAACAUUAGUGUUUGACCCAGGUGUUGAAGCUUCACCAGCUGCUGACACUGACCUCUGUUCAUGUUCACUCCUCCAGGUUUUGGUAUUAGUACAUGUAGGUUAUACUAAGAUUUAAGGUACUAUGCAAUAUAAGCAUUUUCUGUGAUGGCGGGUGUUUAAGGAUGUCAUUAUGGAGGCAUAACAGCAGCAGUGAUGGUACCAGAGGACCACCAGUCAUGAGUAGUGACAUGACUGACUUUAUGUCCAGUCCAGUGAUGAUUUAUCCCCGCUAUACAUGGAGUAAUGUAACCACCAUGGGGUUAAUUGUGGUCCAGCAGAUGAAUAUUUCUGUCUUCUUUCACAGUGUUUUGUCUUCGCAUCGAUGCAUUGAAGCACUUUUUCUUACUGUUCUCCUGUAAAUAGAAAAAUAUCUAAGUGUUUCUUCUGUACCAUGUCAUAUUAAUAAUACUGUAUGUGAAGGCCUUUACUUGCCUUUGUCUGUGUAACUUAUCAGCAUGAUUUUCAGCUGAAAAUAAAUUGAAUGCUAAAUAUGCACAAAUUUAGUAAAAUCUAUUCGAAUUUGCUCAA